AUGUCGCUCCCUCAGCCCACGCCGCGGAUGGCCGAGCUCAGAGAGCCUACCUCCUCUUUAACGCCUUCUGAGGACCCGGAUUCCCAACCACCCAGUAGCAAGCGGCUCUGUCUUGAGGAGCCUGGAGGUGUCCUUAAGGCGGGCUGGCGACUGCCUCUGGUGCCUCGCUUGUCUGAGGCGGAAAAAGUCUGGGAGUUGUCCCCUAGACCCCUCAAGGGACUCCUUGUUUCAACGAAUGCUAUUUUUGAUAACUCCACAGACUCGUGUGUGGAGAAAUCAGUCAAUGGGAAGCAGAUAUGUAACCUGAAAUGCUCAAAUCUCAAAUUCCAAAUGAGUAGCUGUUUGCAGUCUCCCCCCUCACAAAGUCCUGUUUCUGAUUUGAGGGCUUCAGGAAGGUCUGAGGCAGGACUGCAUGACAGAGAGGCUUUCAGUGUGCACCACAGUAAUAGCUCCAAAGCAGGGGUUAGUCAACUUCUGCCCAGCACCUCUGUACACGAUAUACAUGGAAUUAGAAAUGGGAAUCGAAAACAACAGUUUGUCCAAGGAAGAGACAAUGUUCACAAAGAAAAUCCAUUUUUAGAUGUUAUCUUUUACAAGGAAACUAAAUCACCAUUUCAUGAAAUUAAGAACAGAUGUAAAGCUAACAGUGUUAUGCCACCAAAUAAAAGAGAAAAUAACAUUUCACCAUCUGUACUAAAAAUAUCAAAAUCUCAAAAUCAGCCCAGCUUGGAAAUUGCCAAACCUAGCUAUUUUAGAGAUAGCAGCACAAUAAGUGUCCCUCAGUUUCCAAUGGACUUAAAUAGCAAAAUGUCCUCUGUCUAUUUAAAGGAAAUAGCGAAGAAAAAGAAUGACAAAAAAGAGGCAUAUGUUAGGGAUUUCACAAACAUUUACUGGUCCCAAAAUAGACCUGAUGUUAAGAAGCAAAAGUUACAGAAUGAUAAAAAAAUUGUAGAAGCGGAAAACAUUUUUUCCAAAUGUUAUGAAAAUGACUACCCAUCACUCAGCAGCCAAAAUACUUGUAAGAGAAAAGACUUGAUUAGUUCAAACUACUGUAACUACAGUAGUAGCCCGUGUAAUGUAAGAGACUCUAGAAAGAAUUUCGCUAUCCUAGAAAAUGCAAAUUGGGAGGAAGCAGAAUGUCUGGACAGUUACAUACCUACCAGGUUGGAAAAAUUUCAAAACUGGGACUGUAACGUUAGACAUAUUUUGAGAAGAAAUAGAGGAAAUUGUUGGAUUAUAAAUAAUUACAAGACUAAAUGUGAAAAUAUGAAAAAAACUGAAGAAAAAUUGAAUUGCCUAUUAUUAUUAGAAAUAGACCUUUUAAGCAAGGAAGAUUACCACUGUACAAAAGUCAUCAAUGCACAUGAAGAACAAUCAAAGCUUCUCAUAAGAGAAAUAUUAGGUAGUCAAACAGCUUUAAUAACGACUGUUUGGCUAAAUGGUAAAGGAGAAAAUGAUAAUACUCUACAGUUGAGAUACAAUGCUACACAAAAAGUCUUCCAUGUGAACAACCCUUUUGAAAGUUUCAUUAUAGAAAUUUUUUAUUGCCAUAAAAGUAUUUCAGGAAAUCAAAAAGAUAAUAGUAUUUUAACCUGCUAUAACAUUUUGAAGCGUAAAAAGCAAAUUGGUAUAAUUGGUAUUCAAAAUCUAAUAACCAGAAACAUGAAUACAAAUAUAAAGAAUGGAAUUUUAAGCAUAUAUUUACAAGACAGUGUUUCAGAACCUUUAGAUAUUCUAUUGAAAACUAACAUAGCUUUUUUGCUCAAUAACUUUGACUCUUUAACAAGAAUUGAAAAUGAUUUUGAAUUAGAAGAAGAAUGCAUUUUCAAGUGCAUGCUUUAUUUGAAGUAUCCAAAAAAUAUAGUGGAAAAUUAUACUGCAUAUCUAGUAAAGAUUUUAAGUUCUUCAAGACUAUUAGAAGAUAAUAUGAAACCUAUGUUAAAGAAAAGGAUGUUAUUUAGAACUGAACAAGUUUUUGAAAAGUCUAAGAAAAAAACCAUUAAUUCCUUCAGUAUGACAACUCAAAAUACAGGUUUUCCAAUUUUUGAAACAUAUGAAAAAAUUCCUCUUUUAAUGGACUUUGAUGACAUGGACGAAAUUUCUUUAAUAAGAGAAAUUACUUGUCAGAAUAUGAGUUGUCUUCAACAACUUGUGAAUGUGGAAAAUUGGGCUCACUAUAGUUCUAGUACUGUUAAAACACAUGUUAAUUCUUGUCCUCAAUUUAUACAGAACAACCAAGGAUACAUUAAUGAAAAUUUUUAUGAAGUAAAUAUGCACAGCCAAGAUUUAAAUAUGGAAAGAAAACAGGGACAUAAUAAGAUCAGUAGCUUUGAUUGUGAGCACAUAUUUGAAGAUUUCUGCAAUGUUAGGCAACAGGCCAUACCAGCAAGCCACAACAUAAUACAUAAUGAAGAGACCCAUACCAUUUCUAUAACUCAAGUUCUAAAUUUUUGGAACUUGCUAAGUGAAAUAGAAGAAAAAAAAUAUGACUUAAUUUUGAAAGAGGAAGAAAAAGUCACAGCUGAAAGUUUAACAAAUAGUUUCCAAGUUCACAAAGAUACUAAAAUAGAAAAGGAAGAGAAAGAUAGUUUUUUUCCAAUGGAUGACAUGUUUUCUGUACAGUCAGUUUCAUUAAUAAGUAAGGAAGUAAAUGUGGAAGAAAAUAAAUAUGUUAAUCAAAAUUAUGUAACAGAUACAAAUGAAUGUGAGAGUAUUUUGCCAGAAAGGGAGAUAGCUAAUUCAAAGGAUUUUCAUAGAAAGAAUGACUCUGCAUUAUAUAUUAAUCAUCAAUUUGAAACUGGUCUGAGUGAAGGGAAUGAUGAAUGUUUUCAGGACUUAGUUGCUAAACAUUUAUCAAUAGAAGCUCUGACAAUAGUAAAAGAUUUUGAGAUGAAGAGAAAAUUUGACUUAGUACUUGAAGAACUUCGUAUGUUUCAUGAAAUUAGUAAGGAAAAUGAACUAAGCACUGUGGAAACAAACAAUGGGCAAGAAAAUUACUUUGGAGAAAAUGAUGCUGAAGAGGUAAAAAUGGAGACAGAAAAAGAGUUGAAAAUGGCUGUGGUCAACAAAAUAAGUGCGUCUUCCUCGUUCCGUGAUACUACAGCAGGUCCUAAUAUGCGUAAAAGUCACCAAAGUUUAUUUAAAUGGAAAACUGUACCCAAUAAUGGAGAACAGGAAGUUCCUAAUGAGAGUUGUUAUCCAAGUACAUCAGAGGAAGAAUUAUUUUACUCUACUUCUGAGAAAGACCGUGAAACACCUUUACCUAAAAGGCCUGCUUUUCUCCCUGAUGAAUGUAAAGAAGAAUUUAAUUAUUUAUUGAGAGGAGGUAGUCACUUUCCACAUGGCAUUUCAAGAGUACGACCGCUUAAGACAUGCAGUAGGCCAAUCAGGAUUGGUUUGUCAAGAAAAGCAAGGAUUAAACAACUUCAUCCUUAUCUGAAACAAAUGUAUUAUGGAAACUUAAAAGACAAUUUUUGACUUUCAUAUUUCAAAACAUUUUACAACAUCUAGAAAUGUUUUGUUUUCUUUGGAUACAUGUUCUUCCAGCUUGGGGGUUUGGGGCUUGCUUUAUUAUAAAGUGGAGAACUUUUUUUUUAAGUGUAUAAAUUAUUGUAUUACCUUUCAAAGUUAUAAAAUAUUUUAUGGAUUUUUAUGUCAUAUAAAAAUGUACACAUUAAAGCUGUUUCAUGAUUGGA